AUGAGGAGUUGCCCAAUGCGCUCUGGCUGCUUGAGUCCUCCAUGGAGCCACCCGACGAGGACACCUGAGUGGCGCUCUUCCACCUCUGCGAGUGCGCCGCGCCGCGGAGCACGGAUUGCACGCGUGCCCGUCACAUACGCCACCUUCGGGCUCCGCCUCAGGAACGCCGUGUUCGGCAUGCUCGUCCAGUUCGGGGAGUCAUGGCACGCGUGGAGGGUGUUCGUGAAAAUGCCUGACCGGGAUGUUGGUGUCACUCGUUUAUCAGGGGGAGUGCCGACUAGCGAGAGACGGAGAGAGACCGAACCGUGGCCGCCGCCGGCCACCGCAGCUCGCCGCCACCAGGAGCUUCCCCCACCCACGAGGCUGCCCCCCUCCCCCGCCCGCCGAUGGCGCCAGGGUUCACGGCUCGCCAUCGCUCCGGCCGCCCGGCCAUUGCCGAAUCGUCGUCUCCCUCCACGACUCCCAGCACUGGAACAUCCAGCCCCCUGCCCCCAAUCGAUAGUAGUCGAGGGUUUUCAUAGGUUCCGGGUGUGGCACUACUCCUCCUUAAUUUGCUCCUGGAGCAGAAGCAAGCAGGUGGGGUCUCUGUUCUAUCAGCCAGUCCUUCGCCGCCCAAUGGGUCGCUUGGAGAAGCAUGCAGUGGAUGGUUCAGCGGUGGCGGCGCUGGAUCUCAAUCACACCGGAGCUCUCGAGUUCUGCUACACACACAGGACCUGAUUUAUAGGCGUCUACCGCUCCUAAUCCGGGACCUUUUUGAAGUAGUAAAAUAAGACCAGUUUAGCGAAUUUUGUGCAUCUUGAUUCAUGCCUCAGUGAGUCAGUGACUUGAAAAAAUUAAGCAAAGGCAUGCUAGCUUUUGACCUUUUGUGUUUCGAAAUGUUCCACAUUCUAGGCUGCUUUUAUUUUAGAAAUAAGGCUUUUUGCCCUAGCUUUACAGAAAGCAAUUUUUCCCUUUAAGCUGGAUUGGAACUCAGGUCAUCAGAAUCUCUUAAAUUCAGAAUGGUCUGGCCACCAACUCUCCAUCCGGAAAGUGCAGGGGUUAAUUAAUUUAAAUGUUAGUGGAAUCAAACUUCACAUCUUUGAGACCAAAGUCAUUUUAUAAGCAGCCUCCUCCCAAGUCCCACCGAACCAUUUUACAGUUAAUUGAGAUGAAGCAAAGACAGAUUUUAGCAUCCAUAUUGUUAGAAUGCACCUCACCAAACUUGGCCACUCAUCUCACGUUUAACUUGCUAUGGAACCAUCCACA